AGGGGAGGGGAUGCAAUUCGUGCUCGAGGCACAGAAGGCGUAGAAGAAGAACAUCUCAAACCGGAAGUGUUAUCUGAGAGGAAGUCGAGCACGCCGAACAAGAGCGAACAGCUAAGAGUUGUGGUAAUCAUGGCUGAAGAUGAGGGAUUUGUGGUGAGAGUGCGAGGUCUGCCCUGGUCCUGCUCCGUCGAUGAAGUGGCCAGAUUCUUCUCUGAUUGCAAAGUGGCUAAUAAUGGGGCGAGCAUCCACUUCACUUACACUCGAGAAGGCAGACCAAGCGGAGAGGCGUUUGUGGAACUGGAGACUGAGGAUGACCUCAAGAUUGCUCUAAAAAAAGACAGAGAAACAAUGGGACACCGAUAUGUGGAAGUAUUUAAAUCCAAUAACGUAGAAAUGGACUGGGUUCUUAAGCACACUGGUCCAAAUGGUCCAGAGACAGAAGGUGACGGACUGGUGCGACUGCGUGGCCUGCCUUUUGGCUGCAGCAAGGAGGAGAUUGUACAGUUCUUCUCGGGGUUGGAAAUCGUGCCAAAUGGGAUAACAUUGCCGGUGGACUACAUGUGGAGGAGUACGGGGGAGGCCUUCGUGCAGUUUGCUUCACAGGAAAUAGCUGAAAAGGCUCUAAAGAAACACAAGGAAAGAAUAGGGCACAGGUACAUUGAGAUCUUCAAGAGCAGCCGUGCUGAAGUACGUACACAUUACGAGCCUCCUCGUAAAGGCAUGAGCAUGCAGAGACCCGGCCCGUACGAUCGGCCCAGCGGGGGUGGUCGCGGCUAUAACAGCAUGAGCAGAGGAGGAUCAUUCGAUAGGUCACGUCGUGGAGGAUACGGAGGAGGAAUGUCGUCAGAUGGACACUACCGAGACGGAGGUUCCAACUUCUCAAGCACGACUGGCCACUGCGUGCACAUGAGAGGGCUGCCGUACCGCGCCACAGAAAACGAUAUCUACACUUUCUUUUCUCCUUUAAACCCAGUGCGCGUACACAUCGAGGUGGGACCAGAUGGGCGUGUGACUGGAGAAGCUGAUGUUGAGUUUGCUACACAUGAGGAUGCUGUAGCUGCUAUGUCCAAGGAUAAGGCUAAUAUGCAGCAUCGUUACGUUGAGCUUUUUUUAAACUCAACAGAAAGGGGCAGUAACGGAGGAUAUGGAGGCCACAUGGGAGGCAUGGGUAAUCAAUCAUCCUAUGGGCAUGGCGGUCAGAAUAUGGGAGGAGGCUACGGUGGAGGAUAUAAUAACCAGUCCAGCAUGGGGGGAUACAAUGACUAUGGUAACCAGAGCAGCAGUUAUUAUGGUGGCAGUCGUGGCUCGAUGGGCAUGAACGGAGGCAUGAGCAUGGGCGGAGGCUGGGGCAUGUAAAAACCUGCAUGAGACAACUGCUAAGGCCCACAAAAAGAGACAUUUUGGGAAAUGAAAUGUGCCAGAAUGGCUUCAAGUUUUGUUCUUUGUGAGAAACGAGGAAAAGAUCGGACCCUUUUCCUGUCUCUUUGUUUUGAGUGUUCGCACUGCAAUCAGUGUCUCCGUCCUUUGUAUUGUGAAUCUGCCAAACCAGUAGGCUGUAAUGGGGUUUCUGCCUUCAUGCUGACUGUGCUCUAACCUUUGAGCCAAGUUUAUGCUUGUAAAUAUUACCGUUAUAAUGUCUAGCACGGAGGCUGUAGACCGCCUUCAUCUGUUUUGACUAUGGAUUUUUAUAAAGUGAGUUAUGGAAAAAAGAUAACUGGAAAAAUCUCUUUUGUCCAAAUUUGAUAUAAAUCUAGAUCUUUUAAUCUUUUGAGUUGUUGUAGGCAUGUCUUCCUUUUCCAUAGUCUGUCACUGAUUUCUGAAAUAAACAUGUUUGUGGUUAUAA